UAAACUUUUUGAUUGAAAAAUGUAAAACAAAACAUUUGGGCAAAACAAAAACCUCAUUGCUAAACCCAAACAAGAGCACUUCACUUCUCUGUUCCUCACUCUUCUCGGUCUCAAGUGGGUUAGAAUUGAGAUUUUGCAGUUCUUGAAUUUAUAAGGGGAAAAUCAAGAUUUUGGGGAUGAGUUUGAUUUUGAGAUUAAGGGGGGUUUUGCCGAAUGGGAUGUUUUUAAGACCGAAUGUAUGUCGUGUUGAUGGAUAUAACUCGUGUGGGUUGGUUCGGGAAUAUGGUCAAGCUGUGAGGAAAGUUGAGGAAGAGGAGGAUGAAGAAGUUGAGUAUGACCAAAGGAGGCUCCCGACUGAUUAUGACCCAGCUACGUUUGAUCCAACGGAGCAUCGUAGUCCUCCUACGGAACGUGUGUGGAGGCUUGUUGAUGAAAUGGCGGGACUUACGUUGAUGGAAGCUGCGGAGUUUGGUUCGAUUAUGAUGAAGAAGAUGGGUAUGAAGGAACCCCCGGUUGUUGGUAUGAUGAAACCUGGUGCUGGGUUGGGUGCUAUGGGUGCAAUGAAGGGACCGGCCGCAGCGAAGGAGGAGGCGAUUCCGGAGAAGACUGCGUUUGAACUGAAGUUGGAGUCAUUUGAUGCACCUGCAAAGAUUAAGGUGAUUAAAGAAGUGAGAUCGUUUACGGAUUUGGGGCUUAAAGAAGCCAAGGAAUUGGUGGAGAAGAUUCCUGCAGUUUUUAAGAAAGGGGUGUCGAAAGAAGAAGCAGAACAGAUUAUCGAGAAGAUGAAAGCUAUUGGUGCCAAAGUUGUCAUGGAAUGAAAUACAAACUAAUCAGGGGUAUUUUGUUUGGCUUUCUGAAUCUAGUUGAUGUUUCUUAGUUAUCAUAUGUUUUGCCUUUAUGAUGGUUAAUGAGAUAAUUGAAACAUCUUAGAGGUCACUUGGUUCAAGUUGACGAAUUUAAAAAAUGAUAAUUGUUUGAUCUUGUUAAUUUCUA